AUGCAGUUUUCUCAGUUCCUGACUAUUCUCGGCCUUGUGGUCCUCGCUGCAAGCACUCCGAUCAAGCCUCUUGGCGACGACAAAGUCAAGAGGGGCCCAUACUGGACCUUGGGCUUUGACCGUUAUGACAAUCCCCCACUCGCGGACGAACCAAAUUUGGAGUAG